UGUGGAUUUGACAAGCUUAGAAUGCUUAGAAGAGGAAGGCUCCGAUUGGAUGCCGCAGUUGCAUAGGCCAUGGGUGCGGCUGUGGCGCAGCUGGCCUUUCCAGUGCCGCCCAAACAUCGAUUUGCAGAGGCCCUGCGAAAACGGCCUGACCUUCUGUACUUGGAGACCGAGAGCGAGGACCAAAUCGCUGCAGUUCAUAUCCGUCGCGGUGUUCGUGGCACAGACCGCGUCAUUCUGAAUUGAUCAUUCCUUCGGGAAUUUGGUCUACUUCUCUGGGAAUAUGAGGAAAGACGUGAGGGAGGUACUCCCACGGGAACGCAGAGGACGUGGGGCAAAGGCUGAACUAUUUGGAUCUGAUGUCGCAGCUUUGCGCUUCAGACGUCUUAGCCUAUGACUAUUGUGGCUAUGGCUUCAGUGAAGGUACUCCAACAGAGGAGACCUGCAAUGAGUCCAUUGAGGCCGCUUAUGCGUACUUGCGUCAACAGUUUGCGCCUAACCGCAUCAUCCUCUUUGGGCGCUCCAUUGGAACAGGACCAACUGUGGAGCUGGCCUUGCGGCAUCCUGAGAUCCGAGGCAUGGUCCUUCAAAGCCCAAUUGAAAGCUGUGGCCGCGUGGUGUUUGGGACAGCGGCCAGCUGGCUUGGCUACAGGAUGGAUCUCUUUCGGAACUACGAGAAGAUGGACCAGGUUCGAUGUCCGGUUCUUGUCAUGCACGGGACCGAUGAUGACAUCGUCCCCAUCGAAAAUGGCUUCUCGAUCCACGAGGCAUGUCAAAACGCCGUGGAACCACUGUGGUUGGAGGGCUACGGCCACAAUGACCUGCCCAACGAAGUCUGCUUGAGGCGAGUGCGUGAGUUCAUGGAUGAGAUGGACGGAUUGUCUUGGGGCUGGAAUAUUUUUGUGACCAACCUGGCGACGCACAUCUCCGUGAACUUGUGACCGCCUGCACGCUAAUUUAUCAGCUGUGACAGGCAGGGUGGAACAAG